AUGGAAGAUCGAUGUGAGAAACACGAUAAUGAGUUGUUUCGUUUCUUCUGUACAGACUGUAAACGUCUAAUUUGUGACCUUUGUAUCGACGAUGAACACAGUAAGCAUGCAUUCUGUAGCAUCAGACGGGUGGCGGAGUCGAAACGGGGCGAUCUGAUGGCACAGCUGGGCAGUGGCAGGCAGGCACACCUUGAUCGUCUACAUCAGUACUCGGAAAAGGUACAGCAAUUUAAAGACAACUUUUCGCUCCAAACGGAAGAACUGAUAGAAAAGUUAGACGCUAAAACCGAAUACUUAGUUGAUAGAGUUCACAAAGUUAGAGAGAAAGUUGUUUCUUGUGUUCUUCAUUAUCAGCAACAAUGCGAAGAACCUUUCACAGAGGCACAGAGGAAAAUUGAUGAGUGUUUGUCACUUAUUAAUUAUUAUACAGAACUUAUUAAUGAUGUAGAAGAGAAGACCGAUAGAGAAAUUAUCAUUAUGCAAACAAAACUGGACACAAAACUGGCUGCUGUUCCUGACCCUGAUGAUAUAUCAUCUGGACCACUGAUGACUUUUGUUGAAAACAAAACAGAAAAUUUGAGUGACAGCAGCAUCGAAUCACUAUUUGGCCAUUUCACACUCAACAGUUUGAGUGAUCACGAGAACGAUCCAAACUUCUUGAUUGAAAAGAAAGAUGCAGAGACAAACACAGACCCGGUAGACAUCACAUUGAGUGACAAGAAGGACUUAAGUGUAGGGGAAGACCCUGAGGAAAGCUGCAUUGAGAAAAGCGAAAAUGAAGAUUACACAUUAGUCCCUAUUAUGGAUGAGUAUCAGGAUUUAUCUCUCGAUUUUGAACUUGAGGGUCAAGGUGCUGUGAAUAAGAUCCUACCAUGUUUUAACUCCAAGUCUGCCUAUGUCUUGACAGCAAAAAGUAUGAAGUUUGUCAAUGCUUUGAUAAGUGAUUCAAACAUGUCCUCAGACAAGAUACACAAGCGUCAGGCCCAUCAAACAUUGUUAUCAAAUGUAAAAGACGCUAGCAUGACCAAGGAUGGCAAUGUGGUGUUCAUAGAGGAAAAUAGAACAUUUGUGAAAAAAUGUUGCAGUGCAGAUACUGUAGUUAUCUUGGUAGAAUUCCCCAGGGAUUCUGCAGUUUAUUGUGUAAAUGUGUCUGGUGAUGACCAUAUCUUUGUCUGUCACUCAAAGGUACAAGAGCGACGACAGAGAACUUGCAUCACAGAAUUAGACGAGCAUGGUGUUCAACUAAAAUCUAUCACCCUUGGAAUGACUUAUCGUUUCCCCUACAGAUUUUGUCAGAAUAAAAAUGGGGACAUGCCUUUCUUAGACCUUGAGGGUUCUGGCAUAUCCAGAGGCUGUGUAAGAGUUGUAGGUUCUGAUCUUAAACAUGUAGCAACGUAUGCUGGAGCCAUAGGGCCAAAACCCUCAGAAAACUUUGAACCGCGGGGAAUAUGCUGUGAUAGUGAUAGCAAUAUCAUUGUCACAGACUGUCGAAACCAUGCUGUUCAUCUUCUAGAUUCAAAGGGAAAGUACAAGCAACUGAUCCUUACACACAAAGAUGGCCUCCGACAUCCUGUAUCUGCAAACCUGGAUAGAAAUGGUCUGCUUUGGAUAGGCUGUCUGUAUGGAAAAGUCCAUGUCAGGAAAUAUAAGGACCUGUUUUUGUAG